AUGCCUCUCUGGGACAUCAAACAUAGCCCAAACACUAUUACGGCUCUUGAAAAAGAACAACUCGCCAAGUCAAUCACUAAAUUGUACGUCUCGUACGGCCUACCUGCAUUCUACGUCCAAGUUCGCUUCACCGAGGACACCCCCGGUACUGCAUUCGUUGGCGGCGAAACUCACCCCAACUUUGCAGCCUUGACAAUUUAUCACAUUGCUCGUGCCUUCAAGAGCGACGAAAGCAAACAGCGAUUCUUAGCUGAUGUUGAUGCGAUCCUCAAUCCUGUAUUUGAAUCGAAGGGAAUGGAUUGGGAGUACUGGAUUACGGAAGUGUCGAGAGACUUGUGGAAGCUCAAUGGUCUGGUCCCGCCACCGACUGGGUCUGAGGGGGAGAAGAAGUGGGCCGAACUGAACAAGGCUGUUAAGCUCUAG